AGAGUUUUACAACUGAAGCUAGUCUAGUAACGUUGGUUCAAACGUGCUAGAAGCACGUUCGGGUUGCGUUUUUGCGUGUACCGUGGCGGCGGUAGGUGACGUGGUCGUUGACGCUACUACCCCCACGCUUCCGGCGUAAUAUCCUGUGCUCAUUUUAUCCUCAGUUGGUCGUCGUGUGCAGUGCGCGUUUGUGUCGAGUCUGUGACAAGCUUACGGCGACUACGGCGUGACGUAUUACUACCGCGACAGAGGAACGUGAGGAUUCUCGCUUCCCUUGGUGUGGGAUUUUGGAUUCGCUGCGCUACAUCGCCGUUCCUACCUGCGACGCCCCGCCGGAAUUGUUAUUUUCUCCCUGCGUUGAGCGUUUGGUUGCUCAGCGGAUAGGAUUCCUGACAUGGCACGCGACGGCAGCUUCUGCGGGCUUCCGGCCUUGGCGGAAACGGUGAUCCUCCUCGGCUGUCUUGUCAGCGCAGGAGGCCCAGCAAGCCAGGAGGCCACGGAGAUGCCGGGAGCCCAGGAUUCCCUGGAGGCCCAGGAGGUGUCCGGGGCCCAGGAGUCGCCGGGGGCGCAGGAGGCACGGGGGCGCAGGAGGCACCGGGGGCGCAGGAGGCUCCGGGGCCCCAGGAGGCUUCGGAGGCCUAGGAGGCACCGGAGGCCCAGGCAACGGGGGCCCGGAGGCGACGGAGGUUCAGGAGGUGACGGUGGCCAAGGAGCGCUGGAGCCCCAGGCGGCUACGCAGGCCAAGGAGGCGCCGGAGGCCCAGGAAACCCCCCUGGAAGCCAAGGUCACCCCGGACGCCGAGGACGCCCCGGGAGGGGAAUAAACGUUUAGCCGCGACACCAAAUGCGACGCAACAAAAAGGCACCCUUCGCGUUACUUUUGCGUUUUUCUUCUUUUCGUGAUGAAGGCAAUGAAAAGUCAUCCCUCGCGUUACAAUCGCGGUCGCAUUACAAUCGAGUAAAUACGGCAUGUAACUCCCUCUGUACUCCUGGCCGAAAUAUUGUUUUCGUUAGGGCCGCUAUUACCAGUUUUCCAUUUUGUGUCCUAUAACAUGACCCUUCUCCAUUAGGACUCUUAAUGUUGAAUCAGCAGCACCAAUUGCAUCAUGUGUUUCCCCUCCAAAAUUUAUAUAUACCAGAUCCUAUUCUCGACCCUUCUCUCAUAGGUCUACCACCGAUCCUCCGCAUCGCGUACCUGAGUGUUAUUCUCUCUCUGCUACCUUCCCAGCUCUUCCACGGAUACAUCAAGUUGCGUUACUACUAUAUGCGUAUUCACCUCUUGUUUUUUAUCCCUCUUACUGUUGUCACAGUUCCUAGAUCUGUUUCACCAGAUAGGUUCACGGAGCGACUAUAGGUCCUCGACUCCUCUCGGUCCUGGUAUAUUUCCUAUGAUCAGGUCAUACAGCGGUUCUUCUAUGCACCUGGCUGUCACCAUUCCUGUAUAGUAUGGUGUGAAUAAAUAUAUCUUUGCCUCCGAGAGGUAUCUGACCCAGCUGUCCACGAACACAACUGGUUUCACCUGCCCCAUCAUGCUUUUUGGAGGUACCAAACAUCUCCUUACUAGCACAGUGUCCGCACCCGUGUCCCUUCAUAAUGCCUUCUUUCCUUCUUUAUCUUCUACCACUGGCAUAUCUCGGUCUAUACUCUCGACAAUGGCUGUACUUACGACCUCUGAUCUUUCCGUUUCUUCAGACCUACGAGCUUCGCGAGUUUCACUAGGGACUAUAAUCGUUCACACUUCUCGUGGUCUGCGUUUGCAUUCCUCAGGUUUGCGUCCGCUCUUGUUACACUAUUCACAAUAUUUCCGUUCACGUUGGUCAUCACGUCCCGCACGACAAUGAAUUAAUUGCCUGAUGGCCGGGACGGUCACAGAGGAAACAUCUCCGCCGUCCCCUGUGCCCAUCCAUUUGGGGUUUCUCUGUCAGCUCAUCUUCCUCUGAAGUGAAAGCAUCUCUAACACCCUUUCCUAAAUUUCUCAAUACCUGCGCCUCUACAAACUGGUCUGUUUGCUCUGCCAUCUCCUCCACAAUCUGUAGUUUUCUCUCUUCCAGAAAUAUGACGAAACCAUUGCUACAUCUGGCAAGGAAUUGCUCACCCACAACUUUGUCGUGACCUCCUUCAUAUAUUUUUUUCCGUUUCGGACAGCUCUAUCCACCUCUCCAAAUAGCUUGUCAGACGGCAUGCGAACUGCUUUCCCAUUUCUAAAUCUUCUGUCUUGCACAGUCUGAACUUUCCCGAAAAGCUGCUGCAGUCAACUUGAACCUCUGCAAUAAAGUUUUUUGUACUUUGU